AUGGCCGAGAUCACUGAGGAGAACCCAGUCGAGGCGGCUGCAACGACACCUCGUGCUGCUAGCAUCCCUGUUCCCGCCACACCCCGCUCAACUCACGAAAUAACCCCUCCUGCAACUCCCCCGCAGCCCGGCUCACCUACUCCUCCCGGAGAGCCUCAACUCGAACUGCAACCUGAAAUAAGCAUAGGAUUCCCAACGGGCGAUCCCAUUCCCGUGCUCGAGACACUGCUGCUGACAAUGCAGCAAACACUGCACACUCUCACUUCGGCGUUCGAUACCCUGGCGUGUCAGACCUCGCAACUUGCCACCCUGCGUCCCGCGCUCGAGGGCCAUCACGAAAUCAAGCGGCUGAAGGAGCAAAUAGCCCAGCAGGAUGUCAAGAUGGAUCAAAUGCGGGACUUCCUCAGCGACAAGCUGACGAUGCACAUGGCAGAUGUGAGGGAGGGGUUGAAGUGUCACGUCGAGGAGGUGAUGGGUGGACCGGUCAAGGACUCUGUCAGGACUGAAGUCGAGCAACGUGUCAUGGAGAGGGUCGCUGAACAGAUCUCUCAGAAGAUUCCUGCUGAGCUCCUCGAAGACGUUCAAGAUCAUAAGGUGCAAUUGUCACAUGUAAGGCGCAGCUUACACAACUCUGAGGCAAGACGAGCCAAUAGCUUGCUACGGACAAAUAACAUCAACGAACCACUAACCCCACUUAUGCGUUCUAAUGGGGAAAUCUCACCAUUCUUUCCACAUGAUCUCUCGUCUCUCUUUGCUUCACCGGCUCCUGUCGCAAGGCAACUCGUUUCAGACUACGAUCUUACGAUUGACCCUGAUUCCCGAGAACGUAAUUUGAACAAGUUCAUGGGUCAUAUUGGCGUUGGAUUCCAAAUGGUGCCGGCUCCACCCGUCUCGCCUACCCCUAUCAGCUCCUUGUAUCCGCACCUGUAAAGGUACGGCGACGAUCCGGGCUUCCCUCGCGCAUAUACUGGUGUAUGCGUGCCGAAAGUCGGUUCUCGCUGUCAGCGUGAUCGCCGGCAUUGUCUGCAACUUCUGGAUCUCGGAUGCUGCAGAGGCUGAGAAAAGGAAUAGGGUGUAUUGUAUUUUACUAGGUCGGACUAAGUUUCUCACGAGUUUGAACUAUGUCGAGAUAUAUGCAUGUAUGGGAAUGUUAAGUCUCGUUUGCGUCGGCUGUGCCGAUGGUUAUUUUAUUCAUGAACGAUUUUAAUCCCC